AUGCUGGGGGAGGAGGAGCGAGAUGUCAUCAGCUCAGAGUGCAGCAGUGGAUGCCAAUCUGGUUGGACGGCUUACUUAGACAACUCCUCCUGUGCCUUCUCUCUGCCUCUUGAGCAUGAGAAAGGCGAUUCCUUGGAGGAGGAGGAGGAGGAGGAAGAAGAAGACUUGUCGAUGGUCUCUGAUGCAUCCUCUGGGCCGCCUCACUUCCCUGAACAGGAUAAGCUCUCCCUCCACAGUAUCAACUCCAGCACUUGCUUUGAAGGCAAUGACUUAGUCAAGUGUGGUAAUGCCAAGAAGAGGAAAGUUGAACCGGAGCAACAAUACCAGGAGCAUUGCUCUUCUCUGUUGGAUGACACUGCCAGUUCACCUCUCGUCAGCCAACCCAAAGCCAGCUUCAUUAGUGAGGACAUCAGCAGCUACAUGAAGACCCCCAUGGAAGGUGAUUUGGAAUUCUCUUGUGGCUACUCAGCUACCCAUUUCGAGAGAAACUAUACGCCAGAAAAAGCAAAUGGGCUUCCUUCAAUCCACUUCUCUCGGCAAGCCAAGACCUACAAGACCAGUUAAGAGAUUUCGAUGAUGUCAAAGAAAGAAAGUGGAAAGAAGAUUUAAAGAGAUUGACCCUAUAUCCCCUUCUCUGUAGAAGAAAUAGAAGGAUGAAUCUACAGAAAUCUCGAAGAGAUCUCGUUUAGUUUGUCGUUGUAACUCUCUCCCUUUCUUCCCUCUGUUAUUUUUUUUGUGGCGUGUCAAUGUAGUUGGAAGCAAGUAGCCUAAGCAACAGAGGAAAAACAAAAAUAAACAAUCUUUCUGUCUUUUUUUGUUAAUUUAUCAUGAACGA